AUGGGCCCCGGCGAGGAACCAACUCCACCUACGUCGACUAAGCGAGACCGGACCAAAUCUGACACCAACAAGGUGCCAGAUGGUACCAGGUUCUCGCAGAUCAACCUGCAACAUUGCAAGGCGGCAACGGAUAUUCUCCUGUGCCGCCUAACAAUGGGGCAGACAGAUAUAGCCCUCAUACAAGAACCUUGGAUCUACAAGGAACGCGUAGGAGGGCUAAACACAGGGUGCGGCUCACUCUACUACGACGCCAUAUCCACAAGGCCCAGGGCCUGCAUCUACGUCAAGAAGGAGAUAGCGGCCCUGAAACUCAACGAAUUCUGUACAGCUGACCUUUCAGUGGUUAAGGUCAAACUUAACCUCGGUGGGAACACGUCAGAGCUGGUGGUAUGCUCGGCGUACCUGCCGUACGACUCUGAGGAACCUCCACCUACGAGGGAACUCAGGGCCCUGAUAGCUCAUUGUGCUGACAACGGUCUGCACCUGGUGAUUGGUUGCGAUGCCAACUCGCACCACACCGUAUGGGGCAGCACAAAUACCAACGGCAGAGGCACAGCACUGCUGGAGUACCUCGCCACCACGGGCUUGGAGAUCCUUAACAUAGGCUCCCCCCCCCCCACCUUUGUUACCUCCCGCAGACAGGAGGUGAUUGAUCUGACCCUGGGCUCCGCCAAGGUGAUACAGGUCAUUAAAUACUGGCAGGUAAGGGACGAGAGCACGCUCUCGGACCACCGCCUGAUCACUUUCAAACUAAUAGGCGACAGGGAGGGCGGCACUGGUGAGGCUUACAGGAACCCAAAGGCCACCAACUGGGAACUCUAUAGAGAGGGCCUGGAGGGGAGGCUGAAGGAGAACUGUCAGCGUCCCAGGACCGUAGGCGAAAUUGAGCAACUGAGCUCCGCCAUUACUCAAGCCUACGAGGCUGCCUGCCCGGCCAGAAUCAGAAACAGUAGCAAAAGGGUCCCCUGGUGGAACAAGAAAUUGGAACAAGCCAGGAAGGACACCCGCAAACUACUGAAUAAAGCCAUGAAAGCCAAAACGGAGCUAGCUUUGGACAACUACAAAAAGUCCCAGCAAGCUUACAAAAACUUAAUAAGAACCAGUAAGAGGACGGCCUGGAAGUCCUUCUGCAAAGAAACCGAGGCACUGCCUGUAGUUGCCAGGUUAAGGAAGGUCUUCACGAUAGGCCCCUCACCAAGGUUGGAUCGCCUCAGACUCCCAAAUGGAAGUCUGACGAACAACCACAGAGAAACACUAGAACACCUUAUUCAAACACAUUUCCCAGGCUCAGUAGCAGAGGAUCGGGAGCGGCGCCGUAGCGAUACCGCGCGCACCGACCCUGCUCCAGUAGACUGGGGAAUAGCUGAGAAGGUGAUAAACACGGACAGGGGUGGAGGGGACCUGUACAGGCGCCUGGGCCAGAUCUUCAAAUCCUGCCCAGCGAAGGGCUAUCUACCCAAAGCCUGGAGAUACUCCAAGGUAGUGUUCAUCCCGAAACCAAGGAGGGACAACUAUGACCUUGCUAAGUCGUACAGACCCAUCAGCCUCACCUCUUUCCUGCUUAAAACGUUGGAAAGGUUGGUUGAUAGGUACAUCAGAGACGUGGUACUGACCAGCAAACCGCUGCACCCCUCUCAACACGCCUAUCAAAACGGCAAAUCCACCGAGACGGCACUUCACAACCUGGUAGGUUCAAUCGAAGAAGCAUUGUCGAACGGUGAAUCAGCACUAUGCAUCUUCCUCGACAUCGAGGGGGCGUUUGACAACACCCCUCAUGAUGCUAUAUAG